ACCCCUUAGCAGGUGUACUGUCACGUGACUUUGAACUAAUUUAGAAUUCUGCAGCAUCACCAUUGAACACAGACCAAUCGAAGCGGUCGCUGGAGUCCACAAAAUAUUAAACAUGAACAAAGCAAUAACUGCAGAACAGAUAACAGAAUGGUUUACAUUGGGCACCCAAUUAGCUAACAUUAGAAUCACAGAUGAACCUCCAAAAAAAGUAAAUUCGGAGGAGUCAUCAAGACAGAGCCCUGCAAAAGCUCCCCAACAGCAGGUCAGCCCAAAGAGUGAACAUGGGGGAAUGAGGAACAAGACAGGAAAGCCUGACUUUUCUGCGAGUGCGCCUCCACCCCCACUGGCCAGUUAUGACUACCCCAGCUUGCCCAUCACAAAGAAUAGACAGGAGCUCAUCUCUCUGAUCGAGAACAACUCUGUGGUGAUCAUUCGUGGAGCCACAGGCAGUGGGAAGACUACCCAGCUGCCUCAGUUCAUCCUGGACUACUACAGCGAGAAGAAUGCCCCCUGUAACCUCGUGGUUACCCAGCCUCGCAAAAUAGGCGCCAGCAGCAUUGCCCGAUGGGUUGCCAGAGAGCGCAAGUGCACCCUGGGUAGUCUGGUGGGAUACCAGGUGGGCCUAGAGAAGAUGGCCACUGAACACACCAGACUCAUCUACAUGACCACUGGGGUGCUGCUGCAGAAACUGGUCGGUGCCAAGAGCCUGACUGAGGACUCCCACAUCUUCAUAGAUGAGGUCCAUGAGCGGACGGAGGAGUUGGACUUUCUCCUGUUGGUUGUGAGGAAGCUCCUCCAUUCCAACUCUCGUUACAUCAAGGUCAUCCUCAUGUCAGCCACCAUCAACUGCAGGGAGUUUGCAGAGUACUUUGGCACGCCUAUCCGCAGCCAGAUGAACCCAGCCUAUGUGUUUGAGGUGGAGGGGGCUCCCUACGCCAUUGACGAGUUCUACCUGGAUGACCUCUGCAGCCUGAUUCCUCACAGGGUGGGCGGGGAAGCAUCAAGCCUCGUCUGUGGAUGUAGCUGCAGCACUAAGCGGGAGGGACGCCUGUCUCUGCCAGACCGGGGCAAUGUGCUGGUGUUCCUUCCUGGUCUGGGUGAGAUCCACUACAUGCAAGAGGCCUUGUCGAAGCUGGUGCGCAAGAGACUGCAUGUGUACCCUCUCCACUCCUCUGUCACUCUGGAGGAGCAAAAUGGGGUGUUUCUGGUGCCUGUCCCAGGGUACAGGAAGAUCAUCCUCUCCACCAACAUUGCAGAGAGCUCUGUUACAGUCCCAGAUGUCAAAUAUGUGAUUGAUUUCUGUCUGGCUCGUCACAUGGUCUGUGACAAAGAGACCAGUUACCAGUCCCUCCGCCUCACCUGGGCCUCCAAGACCAACUGCAACCAGCGCAGAGGCAGGGCUGGGCGAGUGUCUAAGGGCUACUGUUACCGGCUGGUGACCAAGGAGUUCUAGAGCAAUGAGAUCCCAGAUGUGGUUCCUGAGUUGGUGCGUGCCCCCCUGGCCAAUGUCAUGCUCAAGGUGAAGCUACUGGACAUGGGGGACCUCCGCUCCCUCCUCUCCACUGCCCUCUCACCCCCCAACCUCAACGACAUCGAGAGGACUGUGUUUCAGCUCAAAGAGAUGGGCGCACUGUCCCUGGGGAACAAUGGGCAGGGCCAGAAGCGUUUUGAUGGCGAGCUGACGUUCCUGGGUCGGAUGCUGGCUAACCUGCCUGUGGACCUGCACCUGGGGAAGAUGAUCGUACUCGGACACGUCUUUGGCUGUCUGGAGGAGUGCCUCAUCAUAGCUGCCUCCCUGUCUCUGAAGAGCUUAUUUGCCAUGCCCUCCCUACAACAGCUGGCAGGCUACAGGAGCAAGCUGUCCUUUGCACACGAUGUGCCGAGUGAUUCCAUUGCUUUUGUCAACGCAUUCAAGGCUUGGCACACGUCCAGAAACAAGGGAGAGUUGAGGCACCCAAAAGAUGAGCUGGAGUGGGGCAAGGAGAACUGCAUCCAGAUCAAGAGGAUCAGAGGGGUGGCCGAGCUCUAUGAGGACCUGAAGAAGAGGACGUCCCAGUUCAACAUGCAUGUGAUUGAGAACCCAUUGCCCAUGGACUACUCCAGCCUCCACAAGCAGAGAUUCAUCUUGCAGGUGGUUAUCGCUGGUGCCAACUACCCCAACUACUUUGCCCAAGGGGAAAUGGAUGAAGAGCUGGCCUCCAAAGACCUGUCCGGCCAUGAUCCCAAAACAACAGUGCUUGUGAGGAACCUGCCCCCCAAGCAGCUGCAGUCCCUGUUCCGCCAGUGUGGCCAGGUCAAGUCCAUAGCCUUUGAUGGAUCCCGGGGGCACGUGGAGUUCUACCGGAUGACUACCCGGGGGUCGGGGGUGCUCCCUGAGGUGUCACUGGCCCUCCUCCUGGCCCACCAGAGGCAUCCUCUGGACCUGUUUGUGCACCCCAGUGACGAAGUGGAGUCCCACGCUGGGAGCAGGACCGUCUGCCACAUGAGAUACGCUCGGGUGAAUGUGGACUUCCAGGACAACUCGGUCUACCCAGUGGGGGUGCUGAGCAGUACCAUCGACCCAGACAAGCUGCCUUCCAACCCCGUCUUCGUGGUCAACAUUACAGAAGUGGUGGAGGUGGGCCACUUCUGGGGCUUCCAGGCUGGCGAGGCUAAUCUGACAGCUGAGAUUAAUUCUCGUGAGCUGUGUCCAGUUCCUGUCUCCCUCUACCCCAACCUGCUGUGCCUGGCACCUUUCUCUGAGGGCGACGAGCAGGGCCUCUACUACCGUGCCAAGAUCCUGCACGUCCGCGGCAGCUCUGUGGAGGUGUUCUUUUUGGACUACGGAAACACCACCCUGGUGUCAUGCAGCUGUCUGAGGGAGCUACCUGCUGAUAUCAUGGCCCACCCAUUGCAGGCCCAGGAGUUUCGUAUCUCGGGGAUGCAUCCAUCAGCCCAGUCCAUGAUCCUGGGGGACCAGUGGAGCAGCCGCGCACGCAACCGCUUCAUAACACUGGUGAACGGCCUCUCACUCAUUGUCUCCCUGUUCUCUAUCCUGCACGGCGUCAUGCACGUGGAGCUGCUCAUCAACACCGACACGGUCACCUCCAGUGUGGCUGAUAUCAUGAUACAGGAGGGACACGCCAUUAAGACCGACGAGAGCUUUGAGUCCAAGCAGAGCCACGAGGUGCUGAUGUCUCUGUAUAAAGACUUGCAGGACGGAACCUUCACCCCCAACGCUACCAGCAGCUCCUGGAAGACCAACAAGGAGAAAGAGAAGCAGCUCAUCGACAGCCUGCUCCAGUCCUUCUCCAAGACCAGCUGGUCCUUUCUGAAGAGCAAGGUUCCUGUGCAUGGCCCAUCCAGCCCUCACAAAGUCAACUUCCACAGCUUUUGCAAUGUCAGCCACUACAGGUCGGUGCGCAUAGAAAAGGACCGCAUCAACUCAGUGGCGUUGAAUGACAGUCCUCAGGACAGCCAUCAGAGGAUGCUGGUGGCCGGGGGAGUGUCUGUCAGUGCCACGGGCGCAUGCAUUCUACUGAAGGAGACUACGCUGAUGCCUCACAUCCACGGCCUGCCUGCUCUCAUCACCAUGCUCUUCAGCCCUGUCAUAGAGCUACGCACCAACGAGGAGAGGACCAGCUACACUGGUGCCCUCUGUGGUCUGGGGUGGAACGUCCAUUCUCAGGAGGCUGUCCUGCCUGAACAUGACACAGAGCUCGCCUUUGAUGUCAAAUUCGAUGUGGAGGACAUCACAGAGAUCAAUGCGUUGCGUGUUGCCAUCAACCGUCUGGUGUGUGAGGGGCCCAACGGUCCUCUGCACCUGGGGCCUGACAGGAUCAACAGCCUGCAGGAGGACUGCCGCGAACGCCUCGUCAGGUUAUUUACGAAGUCACCCCCUCGGGAAGACCUUGUUCCUGUGUACUAUGAGGAACCAAAUAAAUGGAACCAGGUGGAUCCCAGUCAGAAGAUGGAGAUUGUCCAGAAGGAAGAUGAAAAGAACAAAGGGGUCCUGUUCCAGCUACACCCCGUCACACUGCUCAACAUGUGAGGCCAUUCUAAAGCAGCACCCAGAAGCACAGCAUGCUGCUGUUUUCACCUUGACUCUCCUUAUUUAUGUUUUACAAGAUUUUCUUUUUCUGGAACCCUCGGAGGACAUUCUCGUUUGAUAAUUGUGGUAUAUAUUUGGAUCAUUUUGCACAUGGUCCUGCCAUGCUUCUCAUGUCCUGGGUUUUUCUUUUUAUUCAGCUUUGCUAUUGCUGUAUUAGGUGUUUGGAAAGUAUAACUACACUAUAAUUUUGGGAUAUAAAUCAUUGAUAUUCAAGGAA